AUGGACCCAAGCCUCAAUCUACCUGGCACCAAGAGGAUAUCCUCGCAGCGUAUCGCAGCCACUUACAGGCCCGGACGGUGUUUUUCGUCUCUGGAUGGUCAAGGGGAGCCGGCGAAGGGCAGCGUCGAGAGGCUGAGGUGGAAGUCAAGAUUGCGAUCCAAGGCGUCUCAUGACCAUCCCUCUCUGCCGGCUGGCCGUAACCGACACCGCGAGAAGAGAGCCAUCUCUUUUCUCGUCCCUCUGCAUCUACAUCUCGAAGACGACGACGAGGAAGACGACAAGAAGAUUGAAGAAAAGCAAAGAGAUGGCAGAGAGGUCACAAAAGGAGUACAAGAGGAACCUGGAGAAGCGGCUUUAGCCAAGGUUGACGUCCCACAAGCUCACCAUGGCCGCAGUUGUCAUGGCCCUGCCCCUGAUCAUAUCCAUGUUCUCGCAUCACCAGCCAGCGACUCAUGA